AGACUGCAGAGCCACAGACGCCUUCAUUUUAUGUUUUUGAAUAAUAGCCGGAGCUAGUGUGGCGAAGUGUAUCUGUGAAAUCUGCCCGGAGCUCAACCCCACACAGCGUCAAGUGCCCCGGAAAGGAGCAGCUUUUGGAAGCGAGUUGGAUUUAAAGGCGCUCUCCGACGCUUUCAGACAUAUGGGGUCAGAGCCACCCAGCUCUCCACAGGUGGUGGAGGAUGGAGGAGAGGAAGAUGAGGAGGAGCUGAGUGGAGGGGAGGAGGCAGACCUGAGGUCCAGCUCCGGCCGGGGGUCCCUGCUGACCCGGAGAGGCAUCACCCUGAGAGUGCUGCUCAAGGAUGGCCUGGUGGAGCCGGGGGACGGCGUGCUAGGCAUCCAUUACCUGGGUAAGAACUUUGUAGGAGACCUGUUGAAUGAUGGGAAAAUCCGAUGGGUGGAGACGGGCCAGAUCUUCAACUCCCCCAGUGCCUGGGCGACACACUGCAAACGUCUGGUCAACCCAGCCAAGAAGUCUGGCUGCGGCUGGGCAUCUGUACGCUACCGGGGACAGAAGCUGGUCCAGUACAAAACCACCUGGCUGCACAAGUACCAACCCAGCGCAGACAUGAGCCUGGUGAGUGAGGAGGAUGAUGAUGAGGACGAAGAGGAAGGGAAGGCAGCUGUGCAGGCAGAUGAGAAGAACAAAAACAACAAACCUGGAUUACAUGACGUGAUGGUUUCCCGGAGAACCGACAGAGAGAGAAUUCCCGUCAGAUAUUGCACGCUGGGCACCAGGGAUGCUACCAGAGAUCCACACACACUAGUGGAGCUGUCAGCCUUCUCAGCCAUCAACAGGUUCCAGCCUUUCAAUGUAGCUGUGUCCAGUAAUGUACUGCUGCUAAUGGACUUCCACUGUCACCUGACCACAAGUGAGGUGGUGGGAUACCUCGGAGGACGAUGGGAUACUAAUACACAAUUGCUGACAGUCUUAAGGGCUUUCCCCUGUCGGACCAGGUUGGCAGACAGAGACUCUGCUUCUGCUGUUGAGGAGGAGAUCUGUCAGAACCUGUUCAUGCGCGGGCUGUCGUUGGUGGGCUGGUACCACAGUCACCCGCGAGGUCCGGCUCUGCCGUCGCUGCAGGACAUCGACUCCCAGAUGGACCAUCAGCUGAGGCUGCAGGGUUCAAACAACGGCUUCCAGCCCUGUCUGGGCAUCAUCUGUGGUAACUGGUACCAUGGACAGACACACUUCAGCUCAACUCAUGCAUCAUCUGCCUUCCUGCAGCAACGGCCUAAUGACUACGGCAUCCCAGUUGCUGUAGAGGUCACCUACGUACAGGACAACUUCCUCACCAGUGAUGUUCUUAAUGAGAUGAUGCUCCUGGUUGACUACUACAGGGCAGCUCCCGACCUCGUCCAGUUCAGCCAGUACUGGUGUCCUGAUACGACCAUGAUGGACAAGAUCAAGGGCUCUCUGAGUUGCCAUGCUCCCAAAGACCAGGCCUACUCUCAGAUCUUAGAGCACGUCUACAGUCAGCUGAGCAACAUGAACUGAGGGGAUCUGCUGCGCAUGCGUGCAUGUGGUCGCUCUCCAUCUGAAGUCUUUCCAAUUGUUUUGUGCAGAGCUGACGCGACUGGAGUGACAGACGUACAAUGUAAAAACCUGCUUGAAAAACAUAUAGAUGCCUUGAAUUCUCUCAUGCUAGAGUGAUAUUUAAUUUUGAAACCGCAUUAUUGUGAUUUUAAAAAAAAUGAUUUUAAAAGUGCUAAAUCUGUGAUACUAGUAGCCCCGGGAGCUUCUAUUUACCAAUGAUGAAAAUGUACAGCUGAUACACAAAACCAGACAGCGUUGGAUCAGGGAACAUGAGACGAGUGUUAAAAAACGAAUAUUUUACAGACGGACACUAAAUAGAAGCAUUUCACGGACCAGAAAUCAGCCUGCCCGACUGGCCUCUUACCUUUUACACAUGGACCUAUGUGCCUAUCUGUGCCAGUGUCCUGCCGUAUGAGCAGACAUUGCUAGAUAUGUACAAUGUAAACUUAUAAUGUGUUGUAAUUGCCUUUAUAGACAAAACCAAUGGAGCAGUGGUUGGGGAGGGGUGAAAAUGAGUAGUGAAAAGAUACAUUAGCAAAGUAUGCAAAGUCUCUGCAAUAGGUUUUGUGAGUGUUUGUGUUCCUCAACUGAAACUGUACGGUUGCAAUGUGGUGCAAGUAAUUCCAUUGUGCCAAGCAAAGUUUUUUUUAUGAACCUGUGUGUGUGUGUGUGUUGUGAAUGUGCCCCUCUACUGUCUCCCUGUCGGGUUAUAUGAGACAGGAGUCCUGUUGGUUAGGACAGAUAUUUGCUUCCUCUUUACCUGUACUGUAUUUAUUACUAACUGUGGAUUGUGUGAUGUAUAUGUAUGAAGACAGAGCAAUGCCUUAAGCCUGCUGAUGAUCCACAAAGCAUUAAAAUAUACACACUGGAACUAUUUAAACACGACUGUUCGUCUGUGGUCAAAC